AGAGCGAUGACAAGGGUUCGAAGGGAGUUGAGAAGUUGGAGCGGGUUGGGUGUUGGAAUUUCUAAAGAGGGGCAAACAGAUCAGUUUGACGUUAUACGUAAAAUAAGCAAUAGACAUUAUUUAAAAGAGCAAGAUGCUUUGCCAUGUUACCCGCCCGGAUUCGGUGGUGAUGGAGGUGGAGGUGGACCCGAAGGCGAAUGGGGAAGACUGCCUCGCUAAGGUGUGUGCCACGCUGGGCACCAUCGAGACGGACUACUUGGGCCUGCAAUACACGGGCUGUAAGGGUGAAACGCUGUGGCUCAACCUGAGGAACAGGAUCUCCCAGCAGGUGGACAGCCUGGACCCCUGCAGGCUGAGGCUGCGCGUCAAGUUCUUCGUGAAGCCGCAUCUCCUGCUGCAGGAGCAGACCAGGCACCUGUUCUUUACACACGUGCGAGAGGACCUCCUGAAGGGACACCUGCACACGAACCCCGAGCAGGCCGAGGAGCUGAGUGCCCUCCUGGCCCAGGUCCAGUUUGGGGACUACAAUCCAAACACGGCGAGGUACUGCUACACGGAGCUGUGCGGGAAGGAGCUCAGCUCAGCCGUUACUGACAGCAUCGUGGCGAAGCACAAGGCGCUGGAGGGCCUCACCCAGGGCUCAGUGGAGUGGCAGGCCUUGAAGUUGGUGUCCUCGCUGGAGUACUAUGGAGUGGAGUGGCAUUGCACUCGCGAUGCAGAGGGGCACAAGCUGGCUGUGGGGGUGGGUCCUGAGGGGGUCUUUGUCUGCAGAGAGGACUUGACUCUCAUCAACAGGAUUACUUAUCCAGUUAUUCAGAUUGCCACCCAAUCUGGAAAAAAUGUGUAUUUGACCGUCACCAAGGAGAGCAGUGACACUGAAGUGCUGCUAUUCAAGCUGAUAAGCGCCAGGGCAGCCAGCGGUCUCUAUCGGGCGAUCACAGAGACACACGCGUUCUACAGGUGUGACACUGUCACAGAUGCAGUGAUGAUGCAGUACAGCCGGGACUUCAAGGGCCAUCUAGCCUCCCUGUUCCUCAAUGACAACAUCGACCUGGGCAAAAAGUACGUCUUUGACAUCCGCCGCACAUCAAAGGAGGUGUACGACCAGACACGCCGGACACUCUACAAUGCUGGCAAGGGGGUCGGAGCGCCUUCAGGAGUGGAACACAGCCCUGCCCAAUCUCCUCUCCAAGGCCAAGGGGAAGAGGAUGACUGCGGCAGCUGCCAGCGGAGCCGUGUCCUGCAGGAGCAGCUGGAGAGACUGCGAGAGGCACUGCUGUGCAUGAUGUGCUGUGAGGAGGAGAUUGAUGCGGCCUUCUGCCCCUGUGGUCAUAUGGUCUGCUGCCAAAGCUGCUCUGCGCAGCUCCAGUGCUGCCCAGUGUGUCGCUCGAAAGUCGACCAGGUGCAGCGAGUCUACCUGCCCGCAUGUAGCAGCCUGAUGAGCCUGGCCACCCUGGGGGAGUCCAACUGCUCUGUCCACAGAAGUCAGGAGGCCUCACACGUCUGCACCUCGGGGGACAACACUGCUGCUGAACAAAUCCAUCAGACGUAAAGGAACCCCCUUCCCUGCUGCUCUUUUCUGUGGUUUUGUUUUUAUUUUUUUGUUCAGAUCGUUCAGGGAAUUGUUGACAUGGAAUUAACAUUGUACCAGGAUUUAUUUUUCUUUUCAAAACUAGUUUUACUAUGUCAGAAAAGAAACAUCAGUUGUUCUAUGAUAAACUGUCUUGUUUUCAUCUUUUUAGCACAG